UAUAGAGUUACGUUCCUAUUUGAAACAUCAAGGUCGUAUGCGUAUUGUGGUGAGGAUCCUUAAAACUAUUACGGAAGCUCUGGUUUAGAGUGAUAUUUAUAUUCUCAAAUUCAAUCCUGUAAAAUGACUGGAGUUGGCCUGAUCAGUUCUUGGUCUGAGGUAGAUAACUUCCAGAAAAGCAAUAAUGUUACUCAGUUGUUCGAUGAGGAUCCGGAGAUGUUCGGUAUUUUGCGAGUACUCGUGUUGCUUUUACGUAAUAAAUUGUUUUUAGAUGGAUCAAGCCUUUUCCCUCAUUUUUGUAGUCUUUGGAAAAAUUCCCAAACAGCUUUAUCGGAGAUCCCUAUUCAGUAUGGUAAUGCAUGCCACAAGAUUGCUCGUAGAUUACCCAGUAUGUUUACCAAAAUGUCUCAUCGUAAAGGAUUGCCUAAUGUCCGUAAUAUUACAGAAAUGAUUAAUCUUGAAAGGAACACAUGGAAUCUUAUUUCAAGUAUUUACUUGGACCGUUUUGAGUCAGAAUCUAGGACCGGGACGGUUGAAGGAAAUGAUUUAUCUAAUUUUAAUCACUCCGAACGGGAAAUAAUUCGAUUACUAUACGAAAGAGAUAAUGAACUUCGUGAAGCUCAGAUAUUAAUUGAUUGGUUAGAACAAAUAGUUCGUGAGCAGAUCGAAGAAGUUGCUGAGAAAUACGAAUGUUUAUUCAAUCAGACAACUGCUUGGGAGAAUACGGCACAUUUAUUGAGUUAUCUUUCACAAUCGGAGCUUACUAAACAUCGUUUGGUAAAAGAAUUGCAUCCGGAUGCUGUAACCCUAACAGGCAAUGAAUUGGAUCAGAAAGAUCAAAUUGAUAAUGAUCGAUUUAUAAACUAUUUAUUUCUAUGUCUUCGUGGUGGAGAUCUUCAUCGUGCUCAACUUCUUUGUACACAACGUGGUGAAUUUUGGCGUGCUAUUUCACUUGAAGGUUGGCGACCAUUUCAUUAUUCUGGUUUUGUGGAAAGUGAAUCAACUCAAUUUCAAACAUUAAAAAAUACAGAUGAAAAUUUUACUCAUUCGAAACCAUUACAAAUGAAAUUCAGUAUCGAAGGGAAUCCAACGAGAAUUUUAUACAAAUCUGUAUGUUGGUGGAAUUCAGAGAAUAUAAAAUUACGUUCAUUUGAACGAGCUAUUUAUGCUACAUUAUCAGGAAAUUUAAAUGUUCUAUCACAAAUUUUACCAACUUCAUGGACAGAUCAAACAUGGGCACAUUGUCGUGCUUUAGUUGAAGCUCGUGUAGAUUCUAGUCUACGUAGCCUAUUGAAUACUGGCCCUAGGGCUGAUACACUGGCUGUUACCGGGAAAACAUCUAAAUAUUGGCCUCUGGAUGGAGGUUUAAGCUUGCCUGAAUCAGCUUGGACACCGGGUGAUUGGACAUUAUCCGAUGUAUUUACACGUGUCGAUGCACGUUUAGGUUGGUCUGCUACUGGAUGUUUAGAAAAAUGUAAUAAUCUACGCAUGAGAUCAGUAUUGUGUUCUGCAAUGAAUGAUUUCUUAAUGGAUGAUACUUCAUAUUUGUACACGAAUGAUGAUAUUGGUGGCAGUGGUGCCGGUGGGAAUGACAUGGAAUCACCUUCUGUAUAUGCUAUUAUUUAUUGCAUUUUCUAUGCUGUACAACAGACUAUCAUGUUAAAGAAUUAUGAUUCUUUUCUCCUAACUUUAGCCAAUCUUAUGCCGAAACUUGUGUGUUAUGGUUUAGGCGAUGGUAUUGUACCAGAUGUAACUCCAUUACAACCGCCAAAUUUGAAUAGAGUUGGGAAUAUUGAUCAAGUAGUUUGUCACACACUUCGAUUUCUGACUCAUUUUGUCCUGUUUUUAAAAUCAGCAGAUUCUGAUAUUCCGGAUGAGCCAUAUUCAGAAAUUAUUAAAGCUUAUUUAUGCUUUUUAAUAGUGAAUAAAGAAACAGAUUUAGUUGCCUAUUAUGUUUCUGUAUUACCCACUGAAUCAGUACAAAUUCAAUGGUAUUCAUGGUUUUUAACAGAAAUCAAUCAUCCAACUGAACGUGAACAUUGUUUAUCAUUAGCUGUUGAUUAUGGUUUUAAUUUAUCUAAAUUAACAAGAUCCAUAGUAAGAUUAUCCAAACAACGAAUUGAUUUAUCAUCAAUCAAUCAAUAUUCUUCUAAUACAAUGGAUCAUAAUUCAGUAUUAUCCAAACAAAAUAAUUAUAUAAAACCAUCAUUCAAUGAAAUGGAAUAUUUCACCAAAUUAUUACAUACUACUAAUAAUAAUAAUAACAGUAAUAAUAAACAUGAAAUUGGUAAAUUAACUGAUAUAGAUAAACAACGUAUUAUUGCAAUGGAUUGGUUAUUUUAUAAUCCAGAUCAACGUGGUGAAGCUUUAUGCUUAGCUAAUAGUUUAUUAAGAGUUUUUAUUGCAAUGCAUUCAUUUAAAGCAGCGCAACAGGUUCUAUCAAAAUUACCAGUUGGUACAUUAGAACAUGCUAAAAUAAUUUGUGAGAAAUUGGGUUCACCUGAUUGGCUUGUGAAUACAAUACGUGAACAUGAAUGUCUUACUUUAUAUUUAGAAAGCCGGGAUGCAUUUGCUGACUGGUAUCAACAAGUACAUACUAAUCGACCUGUACAACCGUCUUCGUUAACAAAUAAUAAUAAUUUUAUGCAUACAACAUAUGGUCCUCGUGGCUUAGCACAACGUCUUGCCAUUGAAGAAUCAAAAAAAGAGUAUUUAGCUCGUCUUGAACGUUGGCGACAUGAUACACGAUUAGAUACAGAGGCAGCAGCUGAAAAACUUUUGGCCUUAUUAACAUAUCCUCAUCCCGGUUGGUUAGUUGAUAUAGAACAGCGACAACAACAACAACAACAGCAAUUGAAUAUGGAUCCAAAUGAUCGAUUAACAUUGACAACAGAAAUUCAUCAUGAUAAAUUAAUUGAUCGUAAAUUCGAAGAUAAUAAAGGAGGAGAAAUACAUGAAAACAAUUGUGAAACAUUAACUAUGAAUAAAAAUGAUUUAUUUGAUGAACUUGAUGAAAAUCCUACUUCACGUCAAUUACAAAUGAAUGUACUACGAGAGACAUGUAUUACAGAGACAGUGUUUCUUAUUGUUCGUUUAUAUCAAACUGCUGGAUUACAUCAAAAAUGUAUUGAAUUAUCUAAUUUAAUUGUAGAUAAUGAAUAUGGUUUAUUCAAGUUGUUCUCUGGACCUCAGCUUCAAAAUCUUCUUCAUCAUAUUUCUGAAUCAAUUCAAUAUUUAAUUGACAAUGAACAAGAUCCAUUGGGUUAUAUUAUACAUUAGUCAUAUGUAUAUGACAUAUAUGCUGUAUAUGCCUCUCUGUCUAAUGUCUAAUCUAUCCAUGAAACAAAGUCUGCUGAACAAAAAUUGUUUCUUUCUUGUCUAUACAAAUUGAUAGAAAUGUUUUUGUAUCCCUAUUUUGUGUUUUUCUAUGUAUAAAAGUCGUAUAGAGAUUUUUCUUUGUAUGUGUAAAUUGUUAAUUCUUAUUGAAGAAAUAAAUAAUUUGUUUACU